AUGCAAAUUUGGCAAAGGGAAUAUUUUGUUGUUGGCAUGUGGUGGGCUGGUGUUGUGCUGAUUCUGCAGAGCAUUGUUAUUGCCAGUGCAGCUCGCACGGAUACGGAAAGUUUGGAGUUGCUUUUUCGACAUAGAUCUCCCGAAGAUUGGGAAAAUGUUUGGCACAGCGAGAGUCAUUCGCGCUGUCGUGACAAAUUGCUGCGACACAUGUUUUGGGCUUGUGAAAAGGAUAUAUAUCGUCUGACUCGGCGCAAUCAAUUUCUGCCCGAUGAGUCCAUUGUGAAAAGAGGCAAGGUUCACCAUUCUCCAUCAACCAAAUGGUUUACACCCGAAAUUGCUCAUAGCCUGUUGAAGACACGCCGUUCCCGAGAUCCCUCGAUUACAAGUGAGUGUUGCACAAAGACCGGUUGUACCUGGGAGGAAUAUGCCGAAUAUUGUCCAUCGAACAAACGGCGCAAUCAUUAUUGAGUGAAUCGGAAGUAUUGUUGAGUAGAGUAUAAGAAUGUAAAUAAUUAUUUAUGCGCGCGGCCAAACUAUGUUUAAGACUGCUUUUGAGAUGUGAAA